AUGAACCCUUCAACUUCUACUUAUGAUUCCCCAUUUUCUUCAAAUUCUGGGAAAAACACCCCGGACACUGGAAAAUGUCAAAUCUGUUUUCAACCUGCUCAUGGAAAACAUUUUGGAGUAGAGAGCUGUCGAGCUUGUGCAGCGUUCUAUCGAAGAGUGUUCGUCACUCAUAAGCAACAUUUUAAAUGUCGAGAAGGAAAUAAAAAGUGUGCUCCAGAUGUAUAUGGAAGGUUGGUGUUCUUGUUCCCUAAACAUAACUAUCCGGACCAUUCCAGGUGGAGCUGCAAAAGAUGUCGAACUAAAAGAUGUUUUGAUCUAGGGAUGAAACCAGAUAAUAUCCAGUACAAUCGAGACCACUUUUUUUGCUCGGAAGACUUUUCCAACCAAGUGACACGAAAAUCGGACACGAUCGUUAGAGCACCUUCCUUGCCUGAGUUUACUUCUUUUGUUGAUCUGUCUGCUUUACUGGAAUCGAGAAAUAGGUUGCUCUCCGACAAAUCUCAAAAUUUUUUUGAUGAUUUGUCAGUUUCAAACCCUCUCCAAAAACUUGCAUACGGGUUGAAGGAAGUGAGAAAACAACAAAUUAGCAAUAAUAUUCCAAUAACGAAAUGCAUCGGGAUGAAAGAAUCACUUGAGUUUUGGAAGUCAGAAGUAGAAAGAACAUGCAUUUGGCUGUCUUAUUUCGAUGAGUUCCAAAAUUUAAGCAUGGAAGACAAAAUCCAUAUUACCACUUGCAUGUGGAUUAUUUUCACAAGAGUGGAGAGAAGUGCAAUGACUGCAGAGUUAAGAAGAGCAUCAAAGUGUCAACACAAGGAUUUUGCAUUCACCACCUACUCACUGAUAAACACGGAAGCUCUGAAAUGGGAUUUUGAAUGGUUGAGUCACUUCCCAUCAGAUCAGAUGAAUACUUUUCUUGGGACGACGCAGAUGAUUUUGUGCGAGCCUUUGACUAACUGUAUGAUGGACGUUCAACCAACUGAUGAAGAACUCUGUUAUAUUUUAUGCGAUCUCUGUUUCUAUUUUCUGGGAAACAAAAUGGGAGGAGAAAUGCUGGAAAAGCUGGAACAAUUCCAGAAGGUUCUAGCAGAUAAUCUCCACCAAUACUAUACGCAGCGAGGAAGUAGAUAUUCACAUCGACUGGGACAAAUUCUGAAAAUCAGUCAGCAGUACAAGGCAUUGAUGGAAGAGAAGCGGAAAAUUCGAGUCCUCGGACAUGUUUUCAAUGCUUUCCGUGCCAAUUGGUCUCAUACUGAUUUAUUCAUUUACGAACCAUUCCAUUAA